GCUAAACUGGUGGAGGGGUCGAGCAGACGCCAUAGAGAACAGAUUCAAGGUCGCCUCAACCCUUACAGAAGAAGGCAAGAAAAGGAGGCGACGCCUUAAACGGAAGUUGUAGCCGGGGAGUCAUCGGAGAACAACUUCGGUGAUCGUCCCUCUUUUCAGAUACUAACGACGGUACCUUGUUUUUCCAUCUUAUACUUGCUAACCGCAGCUUAUCUUAUUGAUUGUCAAAUUCAUGGCUUGGGAAACGUAUUGAUUGUCUGGAUCCUAAUUCAAUUUGGGGUUUUUGUAAAAUCUAAGCUACUUCUUGCUCUGAUUCAAUUUUUCGAUAUUUACAGCUUUUUUCUUUUUUUUUUUAAUUUUUUCUUGGUGGGUUUCAUAUUUUAACUUCAAGAUGUGUCCUUUUUAUUGUUUCUAUUGCCAAUUAACCUUCUGGGCUAGUUAGCAAUGGCAUUUGUUAUUCAUUGGAGCUGUUUACUUUAUUAUGCUGUAUAUGUUCUAGGUUUUUGUAUGAGAAACUAUCCUUGUUACUUGAUAAGUGUUAUUGAAUGGUCAGAUGGCACUGCAAGAAAGUUUAGAUAAAUUUAAGAAGCAGCAAGAGAGGUGCCAAUCAACCCUCACUAGCAUUGCUGCCAAAGCAGGAUCUUCUAAACCAACAUCCUCUCAGAGGCUGGCUCCAUCGUCUGCUCCAAAUGGAAGGCCCCCUACACCUGCUGUCAAAUUUUCAAAUGAUACAGAGAGACUCCAACACAUCAACAGUAUAAGAAAAGGUCCGGCAGGAGCCCAAAUCAAGCGUGUGAUUGACCUACUUUUAGAGACAAGGCAAGCCCUGACACCUGAGCAAAUAAAUGAAGCAUGUUAUGUUGAUCUGAAUGCCAAUAAAGCUGUCUUUGACAGCCUGAGAAAUAACCUGAAAGUGCACUAUGAUGGCAAGCGCUUCUCUUACAAGUCCAAGCAUGAUCUUAAGGACAAGAAUCAACUCCUUUACUUAAUACGAAAAUUUGCCGAGGG